AUAACACCAACCCGAGAAAGUCCAGCCCCUUGAAGGAAAUCAUAUCCGUAGCCAUGGUAACAGUUAUAUUUCUUGUCGCCUUAAUUUACAUUGGACUCCGAAACGUUUCGGUGCAACCGAGAUAUAAAGAAACUAGUCUGUGCGCGGAGAGAACAAAGAUAUACGGUUUGAUAUUCAUUGUUGUACCGUGGUACAUCGUACAUACGCAUUUCGACGGCGCAUACAUACCUCAGUUUCCGAUCCCCCUUACGUCGUGGCGAAGGUGGCUUGAUGCGACACAUUCCUCAUCCAUGGGUUAUCAAAGGCCUGUCGAGAUCUGGAAGGGGGGUCAAUACCCUGGAUUUAUGCGAUUCCGGGGCAUAUAAUUUGCUUUCUCACCAGGAAAUCUCAUCCUAGGUUGCACUUAUUUAGACCUUUCAUUCGAAAUGAUAUAAACGAAUAUGUCAUACACUCACGCGUACGUCAUUACCGUCGUCUACUGCCAAAAUUAUACCGCAAAGUUAUACGCUACCGGUAUCUCCCUUCCGACCGCGGCAUUCCAUGCCUCCGCCGACAAAGAAUCGCCUCCACCAAGGAAUUUCACAUCCUCUCCCGUCAACCUCAAUCAUAUCCGCACCCUCGCGGACCAAAAUUCGCCAGAUCAUCCGCCGCACUGGCGGUGAAUAACCUGAGGUCCCCGAAUAUCGCGCGCGAAGACCGCGCCGGUGAGCGGCUCGCACUUGGGCGCGAACGCGCUCGAUCUGUUGCGAAGAGAACCGACCGCCACGAUGAGGGAAGCCGAUUGAUCGGGUGAAGUUCGCAGUCGCAGUGACAAGUUGAUACGAUGACUCGUGAUGCUGAUUUAGACUGUCUUCUGUGUCCGCCUCGGUUUGAGCAGAAUUGCCCCCUCUGACUUUAUGGGAGGACUGGGAUACUUUCAAGGCAGAGCCGUAAUCUUCCUUCAAUAAUUGC